CUUUGGUGAAGGGGGCUGGGGGAGGGAUCUCGCGAUUGUUGGACUUUUUUUUUCCAAGGGGGGAGAGUUAUUUGGAAGAUGGCGCCCGUUGUUACGGGGAAGUUUGGUGAGCGACCUCAGCGUUUAACAAGGGAGGCUAUGAGGAAUUACUUGAAGGAAAAAGAUGAUCAAACAGUGCUCAUACUGCAUGCAAAAGUUGCACAGAAGUCAUAUGGCAAUGAAAAAAGGUUUUUCUGCCCUCCACCAUGUGUGUAUCUGUUGGGCAGUGGCUGGAAGAAGAAGUUAGAGAAGAUGGAGAAGGAGGGUUGCACGGAGCAGGAGGCCCAGCCAUGUGCGUUCAUUGGGAUAGGCAACAGUGAGCAGGAGAUGCAGCAACUCAAUCUGGAAGGGAAGCACUUCUGCACAGCUAAGACGCUGUAUAUCAGUGACUCAGAUAAAAGGAAACACUUCAUGCUGUCUGUGAAGAUGUUGUAUGGGAACAGUGCCAACAUAGGAGUCUUCCUCAGCAAGAGGAUCAAGGUCAUCUCCAAGCCAUCCAAGAAGAAACAGUCCCUGAAAAAUGCAGAUUUGUGUAUAGCUUCGGGGACUAAGGUGGCGCUGUUUAACCGUCUGCGCUCCCAGACGGUCAGCACCAGGUAUCUUCAUGUGGAGGGGGGGAAUUUUCUUGCCAGCUCCCAACAGUGGGGAGCCUUCUACAUCCACCUCUUGGACGAUGAGGAGUCUGAAGGAGAGGAGUUUGCUGUGAGAGAUGGUUAUAUUCACUACGGUCAGACGGUCAAAUUGGUUUGCUCUGUUACUGGCAUGGCCCUGCCCAGACUGGUCAUUCGCAAAGUGGACAAGCAGACUGCAUUAGUGGAUGCAGAUGAUCCAGUGUCCCAGCUUCACAAGUGUGCCUUCUACCUAAAAGAUACAGACAGAAUGUAUCUCUGUCUCUCACAGGAGAGGAUCAUCCAGUUCCAGGCCACACAGUGCUCCAAAGAAAGUAACAAGGAGAUUGUUAACGAUGGGGCUUCCUGGACUAUCAUUAGCACUGACAAGGCGGAGUACACCUUUUAUGAGGGAAUGGGGCCCGUCCCAACACCGGUCACACCUGUCCCUGUGGUGGAAAGUCUGCAGUUAAACGGUGGAGGAGAUGUAGCUAUGUUAGAGCUGACUGGACAGAACUUCACCCCCAACCUCAGAGUGUGGUUCGGAGAUGUGGAGGCUGACACCAUGUACAGAUGUGGGGAGAGCGUCCUGUGUGUGGUGCCGGACAUUUCCGCCUUCAGGGAGGGCUGGCGCUGGGUGAGACAGCCGGUUCAGGUUCCUGUCACGCUCGUCCGCAAUGAUGGAGUCAUCUACGCCACCGCCCUCACCUUCACCUACACCCCUGAACCGGGGCCCCGACCCCACUGCAGUGCUGCUGGCGCCAUCCUGCGGACACAUAGCACCUCUUCUUCAUCACCAGCAUCCUCGUCUUCACCAUCAUCCUCGUUGGGGGGGCUCGGGGACGGCCACGGCGCUUACAGCAGCAGUGACUCGGGCAUGUCGUCAGGGGUGUCGACCAUGUCGGUGCUCUCAUAGUAAUACUUAUUCUGUUUGUGUGCUUUGAAUGAGUGAGUGAGAAAAUAUGUGCAUGUACUUGUGAGCCAAAGAGGCUCAUGGACCUGUGAAGAAUUGCACACAGACUCCGAAACUCUUCGUCAAAGAUCAACUGUGAUCAUCAGGAAUGCUGAAGAGAGUUGGGAUGAAGACAAGCUUGAAGAGAAUACUUGGGAAAACAGAAACUAUUCUUUAGCUCCCUCUUCUGGUUUGUUGGGGACAUGUCAAAAGCUCUACUCAAAGGAUCUUGAUAUUCAAGAAGUUCACCUUAAAGAUGAAGAAUCUGCCAUCUGUCUCUCACAACAACCUGAUUUGUACAAGAAGCAUCUUGUUUUUAUAUGCCUGUGGAUUUGGAAGUGAUUCUCACAUUGCUCUCUUUCUACUGAGAUCAUGUUUUUACUGAAAAGCUUGUUGAUUCAUCUGUCGUGUGCAAGGGAAAUUUUUGUUCUAAGAGUAACAUAGUUUUUACGGACCAAGGAAUAUUAUUAUAUUAUUUUAUUCAUAUUAUAUUUUAUAAGCUUUUGCCGAGGUACAUUUUUUUAUGAUACUGCAUAGUAAUAUCACAAUAUCACUUUUGUUACCAAAUAGAAUUUGUCUUGUUUUUGACUCCUUUUUGAGUUUUGUUUCAAUCCUCUAGGUCACUGGGCUUAACUGAUCAGUCCCUGAAACUUUCCCCAACUUUUUAUAUCAAAGAUGACAUAUUUGAUGAAUGAAGUGUAUGUUUGGGAUACUUUGUAAUAUGCUAACAGUGUGUUCUGGGAGACCAAGGUCUGUGCUUUCUAAUCAUGUUUGUACCAGAGUGUUUAAACUCAAAUCUAAACAGUCCCUCUUUACCAUAGCUGCGGUGCUUCCUAUUUCACAGUGGUGAAGCCUUUACACAAAAUUAUAAUUUAUGUAAAUUACUAUAAAGCUAAGAAACAUAGAAGGAAGGUCAAAACUAAUAUCUGUCUAGUCAUUCUGUGCACAUUGCUCAGCCUUUUUGGAGGGGCCUUAAGAUUUCUUUUGUCUUUUUGCUUAUGUGUUGAAAGAAGAGCUUUAACGUCGUCUUUGCCUUGUAGCCUUGUAGCCUGUAGCUGUGUUCUCACAGUCCAAGUACACAACCUUGUUGAACCUGGUUUUGUCAAAUGUGUGAUCCGACUCCAAAUACAGUCCAACUUAGUUUAAUACAAUCAGCUGUGGUUGUGCUUUGGGUCCCAUACGAUGUACGGAUUCAAACUCCAAGUUUUUUUCCGCCUCUCCGUCUGCCUUGUGCAGUAGGUUUAAUAUAAAAAUGUAACUUUGAACUCAUUUACUAAACUAGUCAGGAAUUAUGUUGUUGCCUUAAGAACCACUACCCAGUUUGUCCUGUGUAAUAUUUCACAAAUAAUCCUCAUUUACAUCAGUCUUUUUGUUUGUACUGUGUAUCAUGUUUCAAAAUUGAGUUUCAAGUAAAUGUGUUGACCAGCUUACUGCUAGUUUUCAUGACAAUGAUGUGAAUCGCCUAAUUUGUGUGCAUGUUUUCAGCAUGCCUGAGAAGUAGCUCAACAACUACAACAAUCCAGAGACACCUCUUUGUGCAACACAAUUACCACAAGAAAUGUUGGCAUUGUACAUUUCUGCAAACUACAGAUACAUUACAUUUGCAUGUUAUUAGCAGAUAUGUCACUUACACUGUGGUUAACUUGAGGUUAUGGUCAAGAAAAGAUGAUGUUUUAGCUUAAAAUACCUGGUCUUGGAGGCACAAUCCCUGCUGGAAAUGCAAAGAUGCCUCAGUUUAAAAAAAAAAACCCACACUUUUUGUGCCACUAUCCUGUCAGGAAAUGCAGCGAGGUCCCAGCAAAAAAUACUCGCUUUUCAUGGCAGCAUUUGGUGCCUAAAAAACCGCUCAAAACACAGCAAAGACUUGCUAAAAUCCAUCUGUUUUUGUUGUUUGUCUUGAGGAGUGGUCUCCACCCCAUCCACCACCCUCCACCACUACAUGACAGAGUCAGCUUAUGUUUUACAUCACUUUAAAAAUGAUAUUGAUCUGUAUGAAACAUGCAAAUGAAAUGUUUUUGUGGUUUGCAGAAACCUACAAUGACAACAUGGCGACUUCCUGUGGCACCUGGGCUGCUUUGAGGCACCAUUGAGUCCCAUCUGAGCAGUCCUGUCUCUAUCAUUUUAUUUUUGUGAUCUCAGCAGACACUUUGAUGCUUAAUCUCUUGAUUUGAUGAAGUGUUUUAUAUCAAGUCGGUCACAGCAGUUUGCUAAAGGAUGUAAGUAUCACUAAAGCAUAGUAGCAGUCUGGUUCUGGGGCAUUUGGGGUCACAACUGAUUCAAUCCAAAUUAUUGAUUGUUGGUCACUGCACUGCCCAGGUCACCAUGUUCUACACAGUAUCUACUAGGCCAGGUGUGAUGUAAGUACUGUCAUAACGUCAACUGUGAGCCAGCGUGCUAAAUCGACCGCAGCUUGUCAUCAUCAUACUGGCAGCUUUUUGAGCAUUUUAAUGGCUCUGGCAUUAAAGUGCCUUUACUCUCAUAUCCCUAAUGUUGUUUGCCACUGCUCUCUCCCGAUAUGAUGACAUCCCUCCGUCUUUUCAGUCUAGUGUAUUACUAAAACAAUCCGCCAAGGUUCUUCAGUGAACAGUCAUAAAUAAAAACAAGCUGAAGCUGAAUGUCACUCGUGAAA